CGAGGAAGCAGAGCGUCAUGUGUGGUGCUCGCGCCGUGCGGGAGACAGUAUAGCGGACGCAUCCAACACUCCGACGGGACAAACAACACAUUUACAUAUUCAUUAACCGCAAAGUCCGACGCCGGUUAAUUAACAAGACCGCGAGGAUGGCCGCUUUAACCAGCGCGGAGCUGUGCGUCAAAUACCUGCUCUUCAUCUUCAAUUUCGUCUUCUGGCUUGCAGGUACAGGAGUGCUUGCCGUUGGUCUCUGGCUGCGUUUCGACUCCAAGACAGCAGGACUGUUUGAAGGAGAGGACUCCCCCUCAGUGUUCUUCACCGGUGUGUACAUCCUGAUCGCGGCGGGUGCUCUGAUGAUGGUUGUGGGCUUCCUGGGAUGCUGCGGAGCCAUCAAGGAGUCACCAUGCAUGCUGGGAUUGUUCUUUUUCUUCCUGCUUCUCAUCUUUGCUGUUGAGGUGGCCGCUGGGAUCUGGGGCCUCUCCAACAGAGACCGAGUAGUGGAGGAGGUGACAGAGUUCUAUAAGCAGACAUACAACAACUACAAAAACACCAAACAGGAGGCUCUGAAGGAGACCCUGCGUCUCAUCCACUUUGGGUUGAACUGCUGCGGACCCACGGGGACGGUGAUUGAUGCUGCCAAAGACAUCUGCCCAAAGAAGGAGGGAUUGGAGGUCCUCAUCACAACGAGCUGUCCUGUUGCCAUCGAUGAAGUGUUCAACAGCAAACUGCACAUCAUCGGAGGAGUGGGCAUCGGCAUCGGAGUCAUCAUGAUCUUUGGAAUGAUCUUCAGCAUGCUCCUUUGCUGUGCCAUUAAGAGGUCCAGGGACUUUGUCUGAAUACACAUCACAAUAACACAAACUGAAGAAAUCCACCAUGUGCCAUUAACCCACCUGUCCAUAUCACUGAGUUCCCUGCUUUACCAUUCCCUGUGUAGUUUACAAUAGUAUUUCAGUUGUAAUCCAGUACUUUGUAAUAAUAAUCUAGUAGUUCAGUCCUCGGCUCCAUACUAGAUGGACAAAGUAACCUGUGAUGGUAUGGAGCCUGCGUGGUGCUUGUGUAUUUUCCAGUCGGGGUCAUACAUAGGAUCUUACCAUGAGGCUAGUGUUUUGUUUUUUGUAAAGGUUGUUUUUGUUCCUCCGUGUAAAUUAAAUAAAAGGAUCUUUGUGUUAGGAUUUUAGGGAACCCGAGUCUUA